GGGCCGCCAGCAAUGCGAUACGGUGAUGAAAGGCUUGCGCGACAUUACCGUCGACGCAUCCAUCGAACAGCAAAAGGGCACAACCAUGUUAGGGCAGUAUGAAACCGACGCCAUAACGGCCCGCGUCGUUCAGCUGAAAAAAAAAAACGGCAAGAUGAUGCACGUGCGGGCUUGCAUGUGCAAGCGGGGCGACCACACGCAAACCAUCCUGUACAUGCUGCCCACAUUAUACUCGGUCCCUAGCGGGCCCAAGCGACCCGAGUCCAAGCCCGAGACGGAACCUCUUAGCUCGCGCCACACGGGCAGCGACCACUUCAUCUAGCACACGGAAGGAGCAAGAUGUUAUCGGCAUCCUGACAAAAAAGACCGGCGCGAAACACUCCAAGCGCCAGUGGGUUUCGGUGAAGGACUUGGUGCUUAAAUGUGGUGGCGUGCCAUGCUGUUACGGCAGUGCCCCGCUUCACGACGGCCUGUGGACCCGCAUAAACGGCCGCCGGUAACAUUAAAGCCCCAAGCCCGCGCCGCGGCGAAGUGCCGCGUGGUGAUUCAUGGGCACACGCCCGCACAUAUUGUACACCACUUGCUGGGAGAGCUCUGUAUCGGAACCAUGCGCGUCAUGGGGGAUAGAGGAGGAGGGGGACAACAUA